CGUGGAGAUUGACAGGGCACUCAGCCUGUCGGAGCCUAGUCCCGCCUCCAUCCGGCAUCGGCUCGGACGCCAUGGUGCGGUUCAAGCACAGGUACCUUCUGUGCGAGCUGGUGUCCGAGGACGCGCGUUGCCGCCUGAGCCUGGACGACCGCGUGCUGGGCGGGCUCGUCCGCGACACGAUCGCCCGGGUGCACGGGGUCUUCGGCGCCGCCGCCUGCUCCGUGGGCUUUGCAGUUCGAUACCUCAAUGCCUACACUGGAGUAGUGCUGCUUCGAUGCAGAAAGGAUUUCUACCAGCUCGUGUGGUCAGCUCUUCCUUUCAUCACAUAUUUGGAGAACAAAGGACACCGUUAUCCGUGCUUCUUCAACACGUUACAUGUGGGAGGUACCAUCAGAACCUGUCAGAAGUUCCUGAUUCGGUACAACAGGAGGCAGCUGCUGCUGUUGUUGCAGAACUGCACUGAUGAAGGAGAGCGGGAAGCCAUCAGGAAGUCUGUCUCAAGAAGCUGUCUGCUGGACAGAGAGUCCGUUGAAGAGCUCUCGGACAGUGCUGGUGAGGAGGUCACAGAUGCAAUGGAGUGACCGUUUCCAGGCCCACUUGUGGAAACCGAACAUUACGGGAGGUCACUGCAGCGUCCCACAAUUCUCCAGAGGACAGGUGGUCAGCGUGAGGUGGAGGGCCUGCUGCCUUACCUCUGUCCAUGGCGUGAAGACUCUGCAGACAUUCUGAAUGUAACUGCUUAGCUCGGGGUGGUGGUGGGGUGGUAGAAUAAACACUGUUGGCUUCCAGGGCAACAUUCCUGAACCACAAAA